AUGCAAGGAAAGACACUGGUUUCAGUUUCGUUGAUUUUCUUCCUUGUGAUAUCACCAGGCGAUGGACUAUCAGUUCCAGACAACCGAGUCCGGUCGCGCAGAUGGAAUGGAGGCUACAAAACAGCAAGUAAAAGACUAGCCGAUAUACCCAAGAAAAAGAAAAUUCAUCUGGAUCUGGUUGCCAACGGUAUCGUGAAGACGCUAGAAAAGAAGCGACAGGAGACUUUGCAGCACGUUUUGAGUAAAGCCAUCAUUUGGAAGCUCUUCAUGAACGAGUAUCCAAGUCUGGAAAUAGAGUUUGAUAUUAAGGACCCCGACUACCUUCCCGAUGUGGUUGAUGUCAGCAAUGGGGAAGAUAUUGCUUUUUGGGGUGAGGCUGGGAGAAUGAAGGUGCACAAGGCAGUAGAUCUGAUGCAACGAUAUCCUGAUGCCCACAUUGUUCACAUAAGGUGGGGGAUGAACAUCACCAACAUAUCGCAACCACUUGAAGCCCACUUACAAGCCAAACUUGAGUCUGGCGAAUUGGAUCUUUCAAAAAGGACCGGAAGAUUUACCUUUUGCUCGCUGCCUCUUGAUGUUUGGCGUUUUAUUGACGAUGAAACUGGUGUCAUUUCUGUAGAGAAGGAAGACUUGGAAUGGAAAGAGUUGUCUUUUCCUCAGUAG